CAAGUGGAAAGCUAUCGAACUUUUCAUAAAAGCUUUAAAGACAACGAUUCUACACACCAAUUCACCAUAUCAAACACAUCAUAUCUUCAAAAUGUCCAAGCCAAACAUUCUCUUCGUCCUCACCUCGCAUAACAAGCUCGGCGACACCGGCAAGCCCACCGGCUGGUACCUGCCCGAGCUCGCCCACCCCUACCACGUCCUCCACAGCAAAGCCAACAUCACGGUAGCAUCGCCCAAGGGCGGUGAAUCACCUCUCGACCCCGCAUCCGUCGAAGCCGCGAAAGACGAUGUAUCCGUCAACUUCCACAAGAACAACGAGCAGGUCUGGAAGACGACCCAGAAGCUGAGCGACUUCAAGGGCAAAGCGAAGGACUUUGACGCGAUCUUUUACGUUGGCGGUCACGGACCCAUGUUCGAUCUUGUCGACGACGCGACCUCGCAACAACUUAUCAGGGAGUUCUGGGAGGCGGACAAGAUCGUUUCGGCUGUGUGCCAUGCGCCCGCUGUCUUUUACGACGCUAAGCUGAGCGACGGCAGUCUGCUUGUCGCUGGCAAGGAGGUUACCGCAUUCACAAACGCUGAGGAGGAACAAGUUGGCCUUUCCAAGGUCGUACCCUUCCUGCCCGAGGAUGCGCUGAACAAGGCGAGUGGAGGCAAGUUUGUCAAGGCAGCUGAGCCUUGGGGUGAGAAGGUUGCCAUCUCUGGCCGCUUGAUCACUGGUCAGAACCCUUCCAGUGCCACCGCAGUCGGAGAGGCGAUCGCAAAGGCAUUGGGUAUCUAAGGAGGAAACAUCACGAGAAAAUAAGGGCCAUAUAGAACAAAUCUAUCAUGAUUAUACGAAUGUUUUUGAAUUACGAAGGGUAUUAUGUACAUCCGAUCUAACAAGUCUAUUGUAAUCCUUCUCUCAAACUACUUCUCCUAGACUGAAAAAUUU